AUGAGCGACACUACAGUGCUCUGGAUUCAGCUCUUUAAGCGAGAUGCUGAAAACGCUGACGAAUCAUUCGCUGCACUUCAUAAAUUGGGACUUGCAGCGAAAGUCGAAGUACACGUCACUGUGACUAAUAUCGAUGGACUCCGCAAAUAUCUCAUUAAUCAUGAAGACUUCAAGAAGUCAUUAGAUGGCAUCAAAGCACAUCAAUUAUAUGUAUAUAUGGAUGCAGAAUGCAAAUCGCCACUGAAACCAAGUACAUCAAUCACCCAAAUCGAAACAUCAGACGACAAUCCAUUGAGAGUCGUAAGACCAAGACAAACUGGAGUAGCACCCGGAUUGCAGCCUUCCACUCUUAGUCAAGAUUCUCGCUUUUGGACAUCACUAUUAGAUAAUCUUCUUCAGCCUGUACAGUUGUCUUCUGGUGAUCUUCCUACUCAUGUUAUUGAGCAACACCUGCAAAGCAAACUUCUUGCUCCACUACCACUACUCGUUCCCAUCACUGAACUCUUAUUGCCUGGUGAUUUGAUUGGUUUGAAGAAUGAGUUUGUCCAAAUUCCUACAAACUCUUCUGUUGCUUUAAGAGACGUAGCAAUUAUCGUAAUGCAAGUCUUGAGAGGACAGCGAGUUGGUCUUGGCCAGCACUCAGGAAUUUCACUAUGGGAUUCCAUUUUAUGUACUCCACUUCAACUGUUUGCACAAACCGUCAAUAUUUCUGUCGAAGUUAGCCGCAAUGAAGAACCUUUGCAAAGCACUGACUCCUUCAGACCAGAUUCUAUAUUAUACUUUGACAAUCUACUUAUGGUCUUUGGUCAAGAGAAGGUAGACACCAAUAUUGGCAAAGCAGAACUGAACUUGAAUAAGAUGAAUGAACCUCUCAGUGCCAUCUUUUAUGGAAAUGUCAAAACAUGCUUCGCUUAUGCAGCUGAUUUUCGGAAAUUGAGUAUCAACGCAAAUGGAGCCAGAUCUAUGUUAUCACCUGAAUUUAAUUUGACAACAUCAACUGGUCGCUUGAACGCUUUAUUCUCUGUAGUCAAUGUUUUUCGCCUGAUCCGUGGUUUGAUGUUACUCAAUGAAGCUGAUGCAUUUAGCCCGAAAUGGUCGUUAUCUAGAGAAUAUGAACGUGGCAUGACUACUACUUUACUAUUUCGUAAUACUUUUAUGAUAAAAACGAUACGUAUUCCUUGGGAGAACGCUACAAUCGAUGAUUUAAGACUCGCUCAUUCAGUCGACUCUCCGUAUCUAAUCAAGCGCAUCAAGGAGGUGGUUACCUAUGGCUCAUACAGUUUCCAUCUGGCUCCAAUUGGCACCAACAUUAGGAAUAUUCGUGAACCACAUACUGGUCGCAAGCUUUGCUACUGUAUCUUGAAAGGAUUGGAGGCUCUUCAUUCUGCUGGUAUUGUUCAUCGAGAUAUUCGCUUGGACAAUAUGAUUCAGGUGGAGAACAGGUUUAUACUGAUAGAUUUGGAGCAUUGCGGAAAGCCUGGGCCGCUACUACCAGGAUUUAGAAGCAUAUUUGUGCCACAAAUCAAUAAGAAAUUAGGAAUGCAACGAUGUACUCCUGGUGGAAGUAGCCCAGGAGGAAGUAAUAACAAUAAUGGAGAUAAUGGUAAUGGCAAUAAUGGUGGAUCUAACUCGAACGGCAACAACGAGAAUGUUGCUCCAGUUGACAAUGGACGCAAUCGAUCCUUUUCGUUUACUCAAGACGAGAUAGCUCAACUGGAACUGGAGGUCGAGGAAGCGCUACCUGAUGUCUUCAAGAGUAAACGGCAAUGGCUACCACCUUAUGGUAGAGGUAUAUAUGGAGGUCAAGUACUAGGGCAAGCUCUAGCAUCUGCCAUGAAAACCGUGGGAUCUCAAUUCCGAGCACACUCGAUGCAUUCGUACUUUUUACUCCCAGCUGACCACACCAUUCCAGUCUGGUAUCAUGUUGAACGAGUGCGGGACGGUCGCAAUUUCAUAACACGGAACGUGGCAGCUAAACAGCGGGACCGUGUGAUAUUCGAAGCCAUGGUUAGCUUCAAAACACCGGAAGCGAGUGUAGUCAAGUAUCAACUUCCUAUGCCAAUCGAUGGGCUGCCUCAACCGGAAGAUUGUGAAAGGAGGGACGAGAGAGUGGUGGCUAUUGUCAAUCAUCCAAUGAUAUCAAGGUAUUUUCAUCCAAAAUCUCGACAGCUGAUGAAAAUUGAAGAAACAACUCCAUCGUUUGACAUCAUCGACGUCAGCGAUCACCACUUUGCGUUUGCCGAUGGUUCAAUGGCAUCGAAAUCGGGUAGACUGCUCUUCUGGUUAAAAACCAAGGAACGGCUCUCAGAUGAUCCGAUGCAGCACCAAAGUGCUCUCAUGUUUAUCAGUGAUAGAUGGCUGUUAGGCAGCGGGUCAGUCAGACAUGGGACGUGGUAUUCAGACACGAAUCCACAAGUGACGAUGAUGGCAACUUUGGAUCAUACCGUUUGGAUGCAUGCAGACUUCCGAAUUGAUGAAUAUCUUUUAAUGAUAAUGGAGAAUGUGUGGACUGGAGACGGACGUUCGUUAGCCCAUGGACGAUUUUAUAGUAGAGAUGGACGCUUAGUGGCUUCAUGUACUCAAGAAGGCUUGAUACGAACCGAGUACAAGGAUCCCAAACUGUAG